AUGCUGGCUGAGGGCGAAGCUAUGGCCGCUCCCUCGCUCUGUGCUGCCGCCACGGCGGCCUCUCCGCAGCGCCACAAGGUGCCCGGCUUUGGAGACAGCAAAACCACGCACUGCUCCUUCUCAAUUGAGAGUAUCUUGGGGCUGGAGCAGAAAAAAGAUGGCAUUCCAGCUGGGAAACCUCACAGACCCUGGAUGGAUGCAUGCACCAGCUUGGUUUUAGGUGAUGACAGUAAUCCCCAUCUGCAAAUCCCUGUUGUUUGCUAUGAAAAUCCAUUAUUUCAUGCUAGAAGUGAUCCAGUGCAAGAGGAAAACGUUUUGAAAUGUGAAAAAUAUUUUUCAGUCACUGAAAGGCUGUCUUUCAAACGAGAAUUGAGCUGGUACCGGGGUAGAAGACCAAGAACUGCAUUCACUAGAAACCAGAUUGAAGUCUUGGAAAAUGUUUUUAAAAUGAACUCCUACCCUGGCAUUGAUAUUAGAGAAGAGUUAGCUCGCAAAUUAGAUUUAGAUGAAGACAGGAUCCAGAUCUGGUUUCAGAACCGCCGUGCAAAGCUGAAAAGAUCACACAGAGAAUCUCAGUUUCUAAUGGUGAAAAAUACUUUCACCUCCAGCCUGCUAGAGUAG